UCCAACUUGUCAGUCAACUCAUGCCAGCACUCUCCACGUCUGCCUCUUCUACGCACCCUCAUUACAUGUGUCUGUCUGGACUGAUCUGCUCAUCUGUUCAGGGACUCUCCUGAGAAGUCAAAAAUUCUGCCUUCUCUCUGCUCUGGAAUUGGAUCAAACCACCUCAGCUUUUUUUGUAGUCCCACCAGGAGGAUUUUUGCGUAUGGUCUCGUUCUGUUUUCCUUCACUACUUGUCUGUUUUUGAUUUUUAGAAUGGAGGAAGCCGAAUUGCUGAAGGAAAGAUUCCAGGCCAUAACAGACAAAAGAAAACUGCAAGAAGAAAUUACACAGAAACGUCUAAAAGUAGAAGAGGAAAAAAUGAAACACCAACACUUAAAGAAAAAGGCCUUGCGAGAAAAGUGGCUCUUGGAUGGCUUUAGUUCUCUCACUCCAAAAGAGCAAGAAGAAAUGCAGAAGCAGAAUCUGGAGGACCAACAAAGGACUCGUGAGCUGGAACAAGACAUUUUCAGACUGGAGAAGGAAAUUGAGGCUCUGGAAAAAGAGGAAAUGGAAGUCUCAGCUAAGGAAGAAGCAAUAUUAAAGAAACUUAAGUCUGUUGAGAAAACAACAGAAGACAUAAUAAAGUCUGUGAAGACUGAAAAAGGAAGAGUUGAAAAAGAGGCAGCAGACUACAUAUAUGCCAACAUACCUGACCUUCCCAAGCAUUUCAGGCCUUCUGCACUGAGAAGUACAGCACACACUGCCACCAGUGAUGAAGAAAAUAGAAAAGCAUUGUUUGCCAUGGAAAUUAAAGUUGAAAAAGACAUGAAGACAGGAGAAAACACAGUGCUAUCAACAAUACCUCUUCCCUCAAAGGAGUUUAAAGAGACAGGAGUUAAAGUCUAUGAUGAUGGCAGGAAGUCAGUCUAUGCUGUGUCCUCAAAUGGCAGCACAACACAAAAUGAGAUGGAUGAACUUGCUCCUGUUGAGGUGGAGGACCUGCUACGGCAGGCAACUGAAAAAAAUUCCCAGUCUCCUACAGAGUAUCAUGAGCCUGUGUUUGCAAACAAAUUUUGCAGGCCAGCUACUCCGCACAAAGACAAAUUAGUCCCUGGACCAAAACUGGAAGACACUCAGAGAAGAGAGAUGAACGGAUUUAGCAAUCAUCAGACAGAAUUCUCCUUGCAAGCAGAGCCCUUCAUGCAGCAACAUAAAGAGAACGGGCUCGACCUUCCUAAGGUAAUACAGCCAAAGUCCCCCUCCCCAGUACUUUCCCAUUCAGAGAAGCAAGUUCACUCUAAUCCUGAGAACAGGAUGAAGCAUCAAGAAGAAAGAAAAGAUGCACACGAAGAAUUAAAACCUUACCAGAAUACAAAAGAAAGAUGUAAUGAGACAAGUCCCUGCCAUCUUAAUGAAACACCCCCUGCACGCCAAGGUGAGGAAGAUGUUCAGUACAGCGUUGUCCAAGCUGUGCCAUGUUACGUGGAUGAUUCUGAACCAGUGACGAUGAUUUUCAUGGGCUAUCAGCGCAUUGAUGAUGAUGCGGAAGCAGACCAGAAGUUGUCAAGAUACGAUGGGGUUAUUCGUGCAGAAUUAGUUGUCAUUGAUGAUGAUGAAGAUGACAGCAAAUCUGAGAAACCAGCAUAUCAUCCAGUCGGCCACUAUAGUCAGGUUUAUCAGCCACCGAGCAGGAAAACCGCAGAAGUCCCACAGACAAACCUUGGGAGCAGUCUGGGUGCAAGCCUCAACAAGGUACCCCACAAAAAUUCCAUCUCCCUGCGAGAACAAGAGGAGCACCUAAGCUCACCAGCACACCACGCUCCUCUUCACGGCCAGGUAUCUGGAGAUGGUACUGAAGAUCCCUCACUAACAGCUCUGAGGAUGAGAAUGGCAAAGCUGGGGAAAAAGGUGAUUUAACAGCUAUAAUGACAUGGAAGUAAAAUUUACCACUCAAAGCAGAAUAAAGCUAAGAAGACUUUCUUCAACACACCUUUUCUGGAUCAUAAUGUCU